GUCAUGUGGAUGGGACUAACCCUGGGCUGGAGCCGCAUUGCCUCUGUCCUAAGUGUCUGCACAGGGGUUUUGUACACUGGCUUCCUCUGCCUGCAUGCUACUGUACCAAACCCGAACCUGGAUGUAUGUUCCACCUGUCACGUUAAUGCUUCGUGCACAACAAAGGAUGGACUGAAAACAUGCACCUGUAACUAUGGAUUUUAUGGAAAUGGAAGGAGCUUCUGCACAGAUAAAAAUGAAUGCCAAAUGGGGUCUAUGAAGAUCUGUGGGAACUAUACGACUUGUUAUAAUACAUAUGGCAGUUAUUACUGUACAUGCAAUGAAGGAUACAGACCAUCCAACAAAAUGGAGUCAUUCACUCCAAAUGACGGAACUCACUGUAUGAUUGUCGAUUGUGGAUCACCACCAUCGCUACUGAAUACACUAUAUCAACCAGUUAGCACAACCUAUGGAAGUACAGUUGUGUAUCAAUGCCAGAUUGGCUAUGUCUUUAUAACAGGAAAUGACACAUUGGUCUGCUCUGCCCAGGGGCAGUGGGAAGGAGCAAACCUAGAAUGUGAAGCUGUUGACUGUGGUUCACCACCAACUUUACCAAACACAGUGUCAUAUCCACCAGACAACACAACCUAUGGAAAUACAGUUAAAUACUGGUGCCAGGAUGGCUACAUCCCUCUUAAAGAAAAUGAUACAUUAAUCUGCUCUGCGCAGGGGCAAUGGGAAGGAGCAAAACUGGAAUGUAAAGUUGUUGACUGUGGAUCACCACCAGAUUUACCAAACACUCUGUUAUACCCACCAGUCAACACAACUUAUGGAAAUACUGUCAAGUAUCAGUGCCAGGUUGGCUAUGUCUAUAUGAGAGGAAACUACACUUCAGUUUGUGCUGGUUGGGGUCUGUGGGAAGGAGUGAAUUUGGAAUGUGAAGCCGUUAACUGUGGAUUACCACCAACUUUAUUAAACAUGGUGUCCAGUCAACCAAUCAACACAACCUAUGGAAGUGCAGUCACAUACCAGUGCCAGAUUGGCUAUGUCCCUGUAAGAGGAAAUGACACAUCUGUCUGCUCCGCACAGGGACAGUGGGAAGGAGUAAACCUGGAAUGUGAAGCUCUGGACUGUGGAUCACCACCGACUUUAACGAACACACUGACCCAUCGACAACUCAACACUACCUAUGGGAGUACAGUCAUGUACCAGUGCCGGGUCGGCCAUGUCCCUGUGAGGGGAAACGUUACAUCAGUUUGCUCUGCCCGAGGGCAGUGGGAAGGAGCAAACCUGGAAUGUGAAGCUGUUGAUUGUGGAUCACCACCAUCUUUACUGAACACACUGUACCAUCAACCAGUCCACACAACCUAUGGAAGUACAGUUUUGUAUCAAUGCCAGGUUGGCUAUGUCUCUGUGAGAGGAAAUGACACAUCAGUCUGCUCUGCCCAGGGGCAGUGGGUAGGAGCAAACCUGGAAUGUGAAGCUGUUGACUGUGGAUCACAACCAUCUUUACUGAACACACUGUCCCAUCGAAGGGUGAACACAACCUAUGGAAGUAAAGUUGUGUACCAGUGCCAGAUUGGCUACAUGCAUGUGACAGGAAAUGACACAUCAGUCUGCUCUGCCCAAGGGCAGUGGAAAGGAGCAAACCUAAAAUGUGAAGCGGUUGACUGUGGUUCACUACCAGGUUUUGUGAACACAGUGACCUAUCCACCAGUCAACACAACCUAUGGUAAUACAGCUGUGUACCGGUGCCAGGAUGGCUAUGUCCAUGUCAGGGGAAAUGAUACAUCAGUCUGUUCUGCCCAGGGACAAUGGGAAGGAGCAAACCUGGAAUGUGAAGCUGUUGACUGUGGAUCACCACCAGCCUUACUGAAUGCACUGUCCUAUCCAAAAAUUAACACAACCUAUGGGAGCACUGUUUUGUAUCAAUGCCAGGUUGGCUAUGUCCCGGUGAGAGGAAAAGACACAUCAGUCUGCUCUGCCCAGGGGCAGUGGGAUGGAGCAAACCUGGAAUGUGAAGUUGUAGAUUGUGGGAUCCCAACUCACGUACCAAAUGCACAGCCACCAUUAGUCAGAGGGACCGUGUAUGGAAGCCGAGUCCAGUACGUUUGCAAGACUGGUUAUGUAAGUGAAGGAGGAAAUGGCACAAUGGUGUGUUCUGCCCAAGGACAAUGGGAAGGAGCUAAUUUCACUUGUACAGAUAUUGACUGUGGGAGCCCACCAAUUGUACCACAUGCAGAUCUGCUCCAGUACCGUAGUACAAGACGAGGGAGCAUUGUUCAUUAUCGGUGCAGGGGUGGAUUUUAUACUUUGUCAGGAAGAAAUACAUCUGUCUGCACAGAAAGAGGACAAUGGGAAGAUGUAACAUUGCUGUGUAAAGUUAAUGAUUUUAUUCUGUUUAAUGAAUCCUGCAUGAAGUGGAAGAGGGAUGACGUUGGAUCCAGUUCUGAGGACAUAUAUUUAUUUCAGAUACAAGGACAGAGAGCCUACCAAAGAGAAUUCUUUUAUGAGAAUUCAUUUAAUUAUAGCACAGCAGAUAACACUCCAGUUGUGUGUUUGGACCUGCAAGCAGGCACUAACUAUACAGUGAAUAUCACUGCUCUUACAUUGCAACAUUCUGCUUCCAUACAGUUAUCAACAGCAGUCACUGACCCUCCAGUGCCUGAUGUGCAAGUUAUGAUCGCAAAGCAAACCCUUCCGCCAAUCCACCUCCGAAGUGUGGAAAGUAGAAAUGGACCGAUCAGCUUUUACCAGGUCGUUGUUCUGCCCUUGCAUUUGCAGCACUCGUUCGAUUGCAAUUCUCAGACCAUGACAAGCUUCUUUGGCCACAGGAGGGGCAGAGAACCAUACAUUACGGCAGAAUUUGUGGCAACGGACGUUGAGGAUGGGAUGCACUUUUCUGUGGGAGACCGACUGUACUACAGACAGUAUUAUAACGCAGCUUUAGAAAACGGCAAGAACUACUCCUUCCUGCUGAAAACAAUUAGUGAAUGGAAUUAUGUGAAGAAACAAUCGUGUGUGACUUUGGCACAGUUAAAAGGUUCAUCAGACAGUGUGCAAACAGUGAUCUUUCUAGGAUUGGGUUCCCUGGGCGUGGUUGGAUUUCUUCUGUUGCUCUGUUAUUCUGUGGUAUGGAGCUUCAAGAUGAGAUGACAGCAGUUGACAAUGGCACUGAAAAGUUAAAUAUAAACGAAGGACGCUGUGCUGUUCCACUGGCAGUUCAGUGAAGUUCAACCAUUCUGGAAGUGUUUGAAAGCAAAAGAGCAAAACAAAAAAUGGCCAGACUAUCAAACCAUGAAAUAUACUUGGACCUUACUCCAGAAGACUUCAAAUAUUGUUAGUUCCUUCCACUGUUGGACAGACCCUAAUUGUGAACCUCUUAUUUAUUUGUAUAGUAUGAAAAGCUGCUUCUAACCAAAGUAAAAUUAAUUCUAGUAGCCUGAGUACAAAAUUCAAGCUGACACUCACUGCAGUACUGAGGAAGGGUAGACCAUUCAGUUGCUAAAUAAACACCGAAAGAACUGCGGAUGCUAUAAAUCAGGAGCAAAAACAGAAGUUGCUGGAAAAGCUCAGCAGGUCUAGCAGCAUCUAUGAAUAAUAAAUCAGAGCUAAGAUAACAAAGUGUGAAGCUGGAUGAACACAGCAGGCCAAGCAGCAUCUCAGGAGCACAAAAGCUGAUGUUUCGGGCCUAGACCCUUCAUCAGAGAGCCUCUCUUAGGGAUGAUUAGGAAAUGGAAAUUGUAUUUCAGGCUACAUGAGGCUGGAAUGUUUAUUUUUGAAUAAGAAGAAAUAUAAAUGGAAAUCUUAGAAAAUCAGGCUGUAUCUGUGGAAAGAAACAGAAUUAAUAUUUCAAAUUGAUGGUAUUUCAUCAGAACCUAAGGAAAAUAGAAGUGUGGGAAGUUAAGGCCAAGAAACUUUGUUCGGAAGUCCUAUUUCAGAUACGUUUAUGUGACUUCUGGUCUGGCUUCUGAAAAUUUUCUGGAUAGGAUCCUUCUGCUACAAAGCAGGGGAGACAUAUCAAGGAAUUCUCGCAGCCAGAAGUGGAAAGAAACUUUGGUGAAAUCAGAACUCAUUUUGCAGCAGCUGUCUUCCCUAAUUUAAAAUUCAGCGGCUCAGCCGACACUUCUAACAGUUUGUGUGAAAGGGUGAGUGUGUAAGUGCUGGACUGUGAUAUAUAUUUCUAUAAUUUCACAUGUAGCUGCUGUUCUAACAUUGUAAUAUCUCACGCCUUUUUGAUACGAUGACUGCACGUUGCAGAGAAACAGGACACUACAAGCUUGGGUCGGAUGUGAGUCAAUUAAAUGACACAUUUGUGAGUGGGUAAUGUUGGCAGAUUAGGAGUCGAAUGCUAAUAUUCUCUUGCCACAUAAUUGAACAAUAUCAUACUUGUAUCUCACUUAAAUUACUUUUGGAUCUUGGGUGUUAUUCUUCUAAUGGCUCAAUUAUUGCCACAUCAUUGAAUCUUCUAUACUUACAACUCUACCUCCAAAUAAGUAUAAAUAAGCAUUCUCACUGAUACACUUGGGUAACAAUUCAAGGUAUGUACUAAUAGAAAAUCAAAUUAUGUCACAACAAGUCAACUAAUUUGCUGGUUACGACAUGGGAGGCUUACAAAAACUUGUUGCUCUUCCCCAGGUUACCAAAAUUCCUGACUAAAGUAAAAGCAGCAAACUUUCACACCCAGCUGGCAGCAGACUUGUGAUCCUUAUGGUGUGCAGUGACAGGCAGCACACUAGCAAGCUAGGGCAGAAACAACAAAUGGUGGAUUUGUGCUAGUGCUGGGGCAAUAUUGUGGCUCAGUGGUUAGCACUGUCGCCUCACAGUACCAGGGACUUGGGGUUCGAUUCAACUCUCAGCUGACUGUGCGGAGUUUGUGCAUUCUCCCCAUGUCUACGUGGGCUUCCUCCAGGUGCUCUGGUUUCCUUCCUCAGUCCAAACAUGUGCAGGCAAGGUGGAUUGGCCAAAGUAAAUUGUCCAUAGUGUGCAGGGAUGUGCGGACUAGUUAGAUUAGCCAUGGGAAAUGCAGGGUUACGGUGAUAGGGUAGGGGACGGGUCAGGGUGGCAUGGUCUUUGGACAGGCAGUGUGGACUCGAUGGGCUGAGUGGCCUGUUUCCACACUGUAGAGACUCUAUGAUUGCAGGUGAGAAUCAGAGAGUGGAUAAAGUAAUGGCCUACCCAAUACAGACAGUGGAAAAUAAGCCAGAGGUGGCAUCACAUAAGGGGAAUAUUGAUUGAAAUCUGAAACUGUUUUCCCAAUAUCCACAAAGCCUUCACAAAUCUUUGCAUCCGUCAACUUUCUGCUUCAUUCUCCUUUCCAUGCCCUCUUGCACUUACAAGUCACUCAGCAUCUCUCACUCCUGCCUUUCUCUGCUGCAUUCCUUACAUCUGAGGGAAGGCAAGCCCAAGUACAUCUGGCCAAGUCAUUGAUACCCAGCUUUGGUUCAGCAGUAUUACCAUGGUGUAUACUCCCUAUGGAAAACUCUUUGACUCCAGAUGAAAACUUCAACAUUUAAGAUUUUCAAAGCUCAGUGGCUAGCACACUUGUUGCUCAGACAGAAAGUUGUCAGUUCCAAUCCCACACCAAAACCUUGGCUCACACUCCCUCCUGAGAGAAUGUUGCAUUGUUAACAUUCCUUUACAUCAAACCAGGAUCUGGUUGGCCAUCUCAAGUGAAUUAAAAAUACACUAUGGCACUAUUUCAUGUAAAAGUAGCAAAGUUUUCCCAGUGUUCUGGCCAAUAUUUAUCCUUCAGUCAACACUGCUCUUCUGUCUGUGGUAAUUUGCUGUGAACCAAGUGGCAACAUUACAACAAUGAACACAAUUCAAAAGUGCUUCAUACGCUGUAAACUGUUUUGGGAUAUUCUGAGAGGAAGUUGCUAUAUAAUUGCAAGCCUUUCUUUAUACCUGACCAUCUCCUGAAAGUAUUUUCCUACAUUCCAAACACAUGCCUCAAACUCAAGAAUCUGUUCAAUGAUCUGUUGGUUGGAAAUUGUGCCUACAAUUGCCCUGCAGAAAUCACCUUCCCCCGCUUCUCUCAAGCACUGAGACUGGCCUACUGUCUGUACUACCUAUAAUUAGAUAUAGUUCUGUAUAUUGUGUCCCAUUGCAUUCCCAUUACUCAUCUUGUCCUGGAGACUCUAUCCAGUUGUGGACAAGAUGCAAAAUGGACAAUGUCACCUAUUUAACACAGAGGUAAGGAAGAACUUGUUUUCUCACAGAGGGGCAUGAGUCUUUGGAACACUUUUCUACAAAAGGGACUGGCAGCGGAGACUUUGAUUGUCAUUGUGGCAGAAGUAGACUUUUUUUUAAUAAACAAAGGGGUAAUAAGGUUACUGGGGCUAGGCAAAAAUGUGGAUUCAUCAGAUCGGCCAUGAUCUUAUUGAAUGGUAGUAUAGGCAUGAGGUGUUGAGUGGCGUACUUCUGAUCCUAAUUUGUAUGUAGACCACCUGCUGAGCACCCUGUGCCUUUUUCUCUAUCAAGAGAUGACAUUCCUUCAGUCUCUGAGAGUUGGUGAGGCUUUGAAAAUGGUUGAUCAGCUGCACCCACCCCAUCCUCCCUCAGAAUAUGCUGCCUAGGUCAUCAUGCACUUGCUAGGAUUUUCUUGCUUAUUCACAGGACCCUUGAAUAAAGGUUUAUUCACCCAUGUCAUUCAAUGUUUCAACAGGGAGUGAUUUAGAUUGCUGAAAGUGGAGAAGUAUUGCUGCAGGUGUGCAAGGCAUUAGUGAGACCGCCACACCUGGAGUAUUGUGUACAGUUUUGACCUGGUUAUUGGAAGAGGGGUUUAGUUGCAUUGGAGGCAGUUCAGAGGAGAUUCAGUAGUUUGAUUCCAGAGAUGUGGGAGUUGUCUUAUGAAAAGAGAUUGAGCAGUUUAGGCCUAUACUCCUCAGAAAUUUAGAAUAAGGAGAGGAGAUCCAGUUGAUAGAAGAUGCUAAAGAUGAUUGGCAAAGUAGAUGUAGAAAGGAUGUUUCUUCAUGUGAGAUAAUCUAGAACAAGCUGUCAUUGUUUUAGGAUAAGGGAUAGCAGAUUUAUAACUGAUGAGGUGAAAUUGUUUCUCUCAAAAUAUUAUGAAUGUGUGGAAUUCACCAACUCAGAAUGUGGUGGGUAUGGAACAUUGAUUGAAUUUAAGAGAUUUUUAAUUGCCAGUGGGCUGAAGGGUUAUGGAGAGCAGGCAGGGAAAUGGAGUUGAGGCCCAGAUGAGAUCAGCCAAGAUUGUAUCAAAUGGCAGAGCAGGCUUGAGGGACUGAAUUACCACCUCCUGCUCCUAGUUUUUACAUUCCUAUUGAGUAAGUUGAUUCAUAGGUGGUUUGUAAGGAUAUUUAUCAGAGUAUGUACUCGGUGAAAAUGAUUAAACAGGCAGAUUCUAUGUUCUGGGGUCAGCUGAGGGGUGACCUGAUAGAAGGCUUUAAGAUCAUGAAAAGUGCUUGAGAGGUGGCUGUAGAGAGAAAGUUUCCACUUAGAAGGACAGUCCAGAAGCAAAGCUCACAAAUACAAGAGUCACAAAUGUCAUUCAAUAGGGGAAAUCAAAGAGUGGUGAGAAUACGGUACUUAUAACUCAGUGGGGUGGUGGAGCUGAAUGACACUGAUUAUUGAAGGGAAGGCUGGAUGGAGAAAGAAAUGGAUGGAUAUGGUGAAAGGAUGAGCUGAAAUGUGAUGGGAGAAUAGUGUGCGGAGUAUAAAAAUUGGCGUAUGUACAGAACUGGUGCACACUGUUUGUUUUCAAAAUCUCCCUAGGCCCUAAAGUUUAUCUGAGUGUCAGAGUCUCCUCUGCAACGCACUUGACAGUUUCAGCCAUGUUGUCCAUGGAAAGUCCAAGGCUGGGCCUCAGCUUGAGAUGCCCUGAUUCCCUUUUCCCUGAAUUUCUUGAUCACAAUCCCCUUGGCAUCUAGUCAUUCACUAUUACAGUUUUAAAUGCUGUGAAUGAAUAAUUCUCCCACUUCUCAGCUCCUUAGCUAUCUGAAAUGUUUCAGUCAAAUUUAGCCAUUGGGUUUUUUUCUGGUCAGGCUGUCAUGUACCACCCUGAAAGAGCAUGACAUUCUUAUUCCAAGCUGUCUCUUAAAUCUAGUUGGGUAACAGGAAGGCAUCAACUUGAUUGCAUCUGUAGCAACCAAGUUAUUUGCCAACAGCCAAAUCUUGAGCAAUGAAGGACAUCCUUAUCCAUUGGACAGAAACAGAAUCUAUACACUUUAUAAAGUACAAAUGCUCUACAGCUACAUGUGGCAAGGCAACACAAAGAUUAAGCAAGACAUCAAAUACUAAGACUCAGUGCCAAUGCUUCAAGAAGGCAGCUAGGGACGGGCAAUAAGUGCUGGCCGGCAGCCAGCGAUGUCCACAUCCCACAUUUGAUUAAAGCAAAUACACUGUGGAAGAAAACACCACAGACAAAAGCAGUGCGUGGCUGUGAUAUAUAGAAUGUAGCAUUUAUAAAAAUAGAGGUUUCCUCUGGAGGAUAUGCAGAAGUUAGGGCACAUUAGGUUUCAGAGCAGCCAAAUGCUUACUCAUACAAAGUGGUAAAAGUGGUCAAACCACAUUGUACAGAGUACAAUUGUACACCACAUUGUACACCUGGGCCAUCUCCAGCGCAUCCCUCACCUUCCUGGAUCUCUCAGUCUCCAUCUCAGGCAACCAGCUUGUAACUGAUGUCCAUUUCAAGCCCACCGACUCCCACAGCU